UGGCAGGGAUGGAAAUAUUGUGAAAGGAUUCUGCAGGUUUAACCUACAUCGCUUAAGUUUCGUUUUGUCUGGUGUUUAACUCUUCCGUAGAAACACUUGCGUCUGGUUCAUAUUAGAGAGUGUGAUCGUAAACCGUUCAUUUUGUUUCUAGUACCUGUCCUAAGAGCUUCAAGUUUCAAGCAGUAUGAAUAGAAGAAACAGGAAUAAUUAUCUCUCUAUAGCCGCGGUGCGCGCAAUUGGACUGGACUUCAUUGAGAUGUUAGAUGAAACCAACAGGAGAUCCAUUACUGACAGAAACACACUCAGAGAUAUCUACAAUGAAGAGUUUCGAGACAGGGACGGUGUCAAAGAUCCAAACUUUUCUAGAGUAAUCUUUGCACUGAGAAACGGGAACAAAGCCCGUCUUUCCAAGUCAGGAAGGAAUGUUUACUUUAACACCAAUGUCCGAGUGAGGCUGCAUGAUCAGUGGUUUAGAUCUAGUCGAAGACAGCAAAACCAGGCUACUCCUGCUCCAGGUCAUGUUAGUUCAUUGUCAGAUAAUAGUAAUCCAGGGCCAGAUGGUGGAGUCAGAGGAAGAAGGAGUCUGGCAAAAGACAUCCUACAGCGACUGAAGUCUACAGACAGGUCCUUUUUUGUAGCUGAUAAGUAUGGGGUGCAGGUGUCCUCAGAGCUGUAUAUGGAAAGUGGAAAGAUUCAGAUCAGUGUGGAUCGGGCUGAAGUUUAUGAGCUGAAGCUGUUUGUGGAGAACACGGGUCAGGAGGCUGUGUAUUUCACAUACUACACUGCUCUUCACUGGCUGCAGUAUUUCACUCUGGAAGACAGCAGAAGAGUCACACGUAACAAUCCACUCCGUCUGGAGCCACGUGAGAAGUAUGUGGUGACUGUGAGGUUCAAAUCUAGUCAUGUUGGAGUUUAUUCUGCUACUCUAGCUUUUGAGUUUAAGCAAAACACCAAGCCCGCCAUCCGUCCCUUCCACAUUGUGCGCUUCAUUGAAGUGGAGUACAGGACUAAGCUUGCAGCCUUACUGGGUCCUACUGAACCCUACAAACCUCUGAGACUCAACAUCUCUGAACCCGAAAACUGUAAAGUGGACGAGGGCUAUCCACCUGAGGGUUAUGUGCAGAACUUUCUUGAAAAUGUUCUGCCGCUGGGGCAAUACACUCCUCCUCCUGACAUCCCUGAAUUAGCCAGGCUCCUGAAAGAUGGCUGUUCUUCCCAGAUCCUCAGGGGAAAGUUUCGGGAACUUCAGUCAUUACUGCAGAGUCCGCUAGGCUUUCAUAAUUAUGCAGAACGUUUUGAUUUACUGCUGUAUCUGGAGGAGUGUCAGAUGCAUGUGGAUAUCAAGAGAUACAACAAAGAUCAAGUCACCUUACUCAAAGACUAUGACAAGAGACUACUGGUCUUAAACCUCCCCGGUGUUUCGGAGAACAGACCAUCAGUCCUGAGAGGAGAUCACCUGCUUCUCACCAAGAGUGAGGAGGUCAGUUUUUCAAAUGUGACCAAAUACAAGGGCUACGUCCACAAAGUUGAACUGGAUCGGGUCAAACUGGGCUUCUCUCGAAGGUUCCUUGACCAUGUAUAUGUAGAUAAGAUGAAAUUCCGUGUGGAGUUCACAGUGAAUCGUCUCCCGUUAAGACUGCAACACAGAGCAGUACACAUGGCGGUCCAGCACGAGCUCAGAGAUGUACUGUUCCCUGUGGGCUCAAGGAGCUUGAACCCUGCGUCUCCACCUGCACUGAGGCUCUUUGAUCAGCAGCUUCAGAGAAACCCUGAACAGUACAGUGCAGUAUGUCACAUUGUGGCCGGUACGUCAAAGCCAGCACCCUACUUGGUGUUUGGACCUCCUGGCACUGGUAAAACUGUCACGAUAGUUGAGGCCAUCAAACAGGUGGAGAAGAAUAUACCUGGUGCCUACAUCCUAGCUUGUGCUCCAUCUAACAGUGCAGCUGAUCAGCUGUGUGAAAAGUUGAUCACUAGUCAACAUGUUGAUGCACGGAAAAUAUACAGACUUUAUGCUAGCUCACGCGAUCCAAAAGAUAUCCCUAAAGUUCUAAAGAAUAUCAGUAAUCUGGAGGGAGAGAUGAUUGUUUUCCCAUGUAAAGAGGAUCUAAUGUGCUACAAGAUCCUGGUCAGCACUCUGGUUACCGCUGGCAGGCUGGUCACUGGUGGUUUUCCUAUGGAUCAUUUUUCUCACAUCUUUGUGGAUGAGGCAGGACAUGCUAUUGAGUCAGAGACCAUCAUCAGUGUGGCAGGUCUGCUGAAUGCAGAGACUGGACAGCUUGUUUUGGCUGGAGAUCCCAAGCAGCUGGGGCCAAUCCUGAGAUCUCCUCUUGCCAUUUAUCAUGGGCUUGAUGUCUCUUUGCUGGAGAGGCUGAUGACACAGAAUGAUCUUUAUAAGAAAGAUGACAUGGAGUUUGACAAACGCUAUGUCACCAAACUUCUUCUGAACUACAGGUCUCAUCCAUCCAUUCUGAAAGUUCCUAAUGAAUUGUUCUAUGAUGGGGAGCUGGUGGCAUGUGCAAAUGAAAUCAGCUCCAACCAAUACUGCACUUGGGAGCACCUUCCCAAAAGAGGAUUUCCUGUGAUUUUCCAUGGAGUGCCUGGGAAGGAUGAGAGGGAGGCAAACAGUCCUUCCUUUUUUAACAUCUUUGAAAUCCAAAUCAUUGUUGACUACCUGAAGAAGCUGCUCCUGACACAGGCCAAGAGGGGAAUCUCUAGAAUCUCCCCCAGAGAUAUUGGCAUCAUUGCCCCCUACAGGAAACAGGUUGAGAAGAUCAGAAGGGCCAUCAGAUCAGACGAAGACCUUGAAAAGUACAUGUGUAUUGAUGAACUCAAAGUUGGUUCUGUGGAGGAGUUUCAAGGCCAAGAGAGGAAAGUGAUCCUGGUGUCGGCUGUUCGCAGCAGCAAGGAGCACAUCAUUUUGGAUGAAACGUUCAACAUUGGGUUUCUCAGGAAUGAGAAGAGAUUCAAUGUGGCGGUGACAAGAGCAAAAGCUUUGUUCAUCAUGGUGGGAAACCCCACCAUUCUGCGGACUGAUGAAAGCUGGGGCCGGUUUAUUGAUUUCUGCUUUGAGCAGGGCGGUUACACCGGGAUUUCCUUCACCAGUGUCGAGGGAAUAGAGGAGGUUGAAAAGUGUCUGCUUGCUCUUAACAUCCAGGAUGAGAGAAUGGAAACUGAGGAGAGUGCAGUCCAACAAUAUGUGAAUCCUGAGUGGAGGCACGAUUUCUAGCAGAGAAGGUUCUUCAGGUCAAGCCCGUCAAGACUUCAGAAGCUAGUAUGGAAAUCCUGGAUCUGUCGAUUCUAAACCCAGGCACACACUGUAUGAUUUGUAUGGUCCUUUUACACUUGUUGCUUGUCAAGACUGUAAGAAAGGAUCCUAAUGGAAUCUUGGGUAAAAAAGUCAUGGCAUUAAAGAUUUUAAGUCAGACUACAUGAUAAACAUUGUAAUUGUAAAGCUUGCAUGUAACUGAAUUUUAAUGAUUUUUUUGUUAACCAGUUAAAAAUGAUGAAAAUAAAAAUAUGAGCAUGUGGACGGAUUCAAAAAACACUGGUUUUUGAUAAUA